AUGCACGCUUUCUCUAUUCUUACUAUCGGAAUCUUCGUCGCAGGGUACUCGACCGCCCGUUGGGAUCUUGUGACGCGCGUCUACGAACUAGGUAUCUUUGCCUGGGAUCACGGCGUUGUGACACGGACUGCUAAGGGUUUCUGUCUGCUGUCCCUACUGUUCUUCCUCUUCAUACUACCGGUUGUGCGCAUCGCGACACAAGAGACAGACCUGCAUCCCCGACUCGCAGGCACCGGCAUCUCUGCGCGCGAGCAGCUCAAACGUCGCGGUUCCUUCUAG